AUGGACGAAAAAUUGACAAUUAAAUUAAAUGGGACAAAAUCACCUUUGAAUGGAAACGAAAGGGGUGGUGAAAUUGAUGACCUUGACAAAAUUGCUAACGAGCUUGGCACUAAUAAAUCAGAUCUUUUGAACAAUAAUAUAAUCAAAGAUAUACAUAUAGAACAAAUAAAAAUUUGGCAUGGGGAUUUUAUAGAUUCAAUUCAAUUCUUUUACAAAGUAACAACAAAUGAUAGAGCUUAUUUAAUUGAUGGUAAUAAGCAUGGGGGCGGCGGCGGGAAUGAAACUAUAAUUAACUUUGAAGAUGGUGAAUAUAUAUUAGCAAUUUCUGGACAAUAUGGUCACAUAAGUGGUCAUGGUAAUCUUGAUAAAUUGAAAUUUAUAACCUAUAUACCUUCCAAGAAACAUGUAAUAUUCAGUACAAAUUUUGGCAACAAUAGUUCAACGUUAUUCGAUAUGUCACCAGCACCUGGUACGGCUUAUACUUGCUUUUUUGGAAAAUGCACUAAUCGUUCUAUAACCAGUAUUGGAAUGUAUGAGGGAAAAGUGCUUUCUAGUCAAGACAAACAACUCCAACGGAUUUCUGAUUUAUUAUUCCCAAAUAAACCUUAUAACUUUCCUGUCCUCGAACAAGAAAUCACACGUCUUAAAUAUCAAGAACUGGCGCCACAAGUAAGAAAUGGAAAGAUCAAAUUUGAAGAAUUAACGAAAAAUAUGAAGACCAAAGCUGGUCACCUAGAAAAAAUAGUUGACAUGUUAUUAGAAACUCAAAAGCAAGCAAUUAAAAGUAAUGAAGAAUUAAUCCAGGGCAAACUAAUUGCUUACAAAGACAUCCUUGAAGGUAUCCUAACUAAAGAAGAAAUACAAACUCUUCUUUCUAAGCAAACAGAGCUUAAUCAGUUGGAAGAACACUUGGCCAACUUGAAAAUAAAUUAA